AUGGGUGGUGAGAAGUUCGACUCCACACACCCUGAGGGGUACCUCUUCGGGGAGAACAGUGACCUCAACUUCCUGGGGAACCGUCCUGUGGUGUUCCCUUACGCUGCUCCACCUCCUCAGGAACCUGUGAAGACCCUCAGGAGCUUAAUCAAUAUCCGCAAGGACACGCUGCGCCUCGUCAAGUGCUCGGAGGAGGUGAAGACCCCAGGGGAAGAGGUCAGCAAAGCCAAGGUGCACUACAACGUGGAGUUCACCUUCGACACGGAUGCCCGUGUGGCCAUAACCAUCUACUACCAGGCGACCGAGGAGUUUCACAACGGGGUGGCAAGCUACAUCCCCAGGGACAACAGCCUGCAGUCGGAGACGGUGCACUACAAGCGGGGUGUGUGCCAGCAGUUCUGUGUGCCCUCCCACACCAUCGACCCCUCCGAGUGGAGCGAGGAGGAGCUGGGCUUCGACCUGGACCGGGAGGUGUACCCCAUGGUGGUGCAGGCAGUGGUGGAUGAAGGAGAGGAGCACACUGGGCACUGCCACGUGCUGCUGGCCACCUUUGAGAAGCACAGUGAUGGCACCUUCUGUGUGAAGCCUCUCAAGCAGAAGCAAGUGGUGGAUGGUGUGAGCUACCUCCUGCAGGAGAUCUAUGGCAUAGAGAACAAGUACAACACGCAGGACUCCAAGGUAGCUGAGGAUGAGGUGAGUGAUAACAGCGCUGAGUGUGUCGUCUGCCUGUCGGAUGUCCGUGACACCCUCAUCCUGCCCUGCCGGCACCUCUGCCUCUGCAACACCUGCGCCGACACCCUGCGCUACCAGCUGGUUUUCACCCCUCCCUUUUUUUUACCUGCUGCUGCAGCUUUCCGAGCCUUGCUUCAAAUCCGAGCCAUGAGGAAAAAGCUGGGUCCCCUCUCACCCACCAGCUUCAACCCCAUCAUCGCCUCGCAGACCUCUGACUCCGAGGAGCACUCGGUCAGUGCCUGGCUGAGUGUGGGACCCCCUCCCCAGUCCUCGGAGAACAUCCCCCCUGGCUACGAGGUGGUGUCACUGCUGGAGGCCCUCAAUGGGCCACUGACACCCUCCCCAGCUGCUCUGCCACUGCGUGCCCUGGGGGACCCCCCGGGCGUGGGGGCCCUGCCCUCCUACGGCAGCGAUGGUCCCCUGCCCCCCCUGCGGGCACUCUCGCCCCUCGAGCGCCUGCCUGACUGCGGUCCCCCGGGGCUCAAGCUGAAGAAGAGCAUCUCCAAGUCCAUCUCGCAGAACUCCUCCAUCCUGCCCGAAGAGGAGGAUGAGAAAUCGUGUACUGAGUCGGAGCUGAGGGUCUGCAGGAGGAGAUCCCCUGCCCGGCAUGAGGAGGAAUGUGGUGCGACACCAGAGAGUGAAAACAUCACCCUGUCAUCGUCAGGAGCCAUUGACCAGUCCUCAUGCACUGGGACACCUCUCUCCUCCACCAUCUCGUCCCCAGAAGAGCCUGUCAGCAGCAGCCUGGCUCAGUCUGUCAUGUCCAUGGCCUCAUCUCAGAGCCAGCAUUCCCAGCUCAGCACCGACACUGUGUCCUCCAUGUCUGGCUCCUACAUCGCUCCUGGCACAGAGGAGGAGGAGGAAGAGGAGGAGGAGGAGGAGGAGGGGGACGUGAUCCCCUCACCCUUGGCUGCAAGCGCCACAGCCUCUGAUGGAGAGUCGACACCUGUGGAGUCCCCAGAUCUAAACUUUGUCAGCAUCUCGGCCGAGGAGCGCGAUGCUGAGGGCAAUGAUGUGCUGGAGGACGAGGAUGCCUCUCCCACACAGGAAGACGCUGCUGUGCCGGACUCCUGCCCCAUUAACAUUGAGGAAUAG